GAAGAAAAGAGAGAUCUGAGAACAGUUGACACAAGUAUCCGGAGACUACACGUUGGAAAUCUUCUGAAGGGUAAAGAUUACACUACUGAGGAUACAGUUUUUAAAUAUUUCUCGCAGUAUGGUGAGAUUGAGAAACUGGAAUACUUUCGCCAUAAGCUUACUAAUUUCCCUCGAGGGUUCGCCUUUGUGACGUUUCGCGAUGCCAAAAGUGCUCAGAAAGUUCUUGCAAGAGCAGACUCCCACAUUAUCGAUGGUCAUAACGUCAAGGUAGACAUUCCAUUGAAAAUGGCGAAGCCAGCUGAACGUCAAAAGAAAGAAUUGACUGUGCUUGUGAACAAGAUAUCAAAGAACGUUUGCAGAAAGGAGCUUGAAGAUCACUUUUCUCAAUUUGGAGAAGUCAAUAAAGUGAUCUUAGCUCAGAAGGAUCCAAAAGACCAAAAUCUUUGCAGCUACUACGUGAUGUUUAGGUCAUUAUCUGCAGUGAAGAAAGCACUUGAACAACCAACCCAAAAGAUCGCAAACCAAGACAUUGAUGCACAAGUCAUGGAGUUCCCACGUAAACCCAAGGAAUUCUCAGGAAAAACUAAAUGUAUCUCCAUAACGUCAGUUCCUGAUGAUUUAAAUGUGGAAAACUUAAGAGAUUACUUUGAAAAGUUUGGCAUUGUUGAGUGUGUUGACUUCAUUGUACAUGGUGGCAAUGCGUCUUACAGUUUUGACAAAGAUGCCAAUGUGGCUUUUGUUCGUUUUCCACAUGAAGACAUUGAUGGC